GAACUAUAUAUGCACGAUUCUUUUCCCCAAACAUUCACUUCUUUCACCUAGUCCUUCCUCUUGAAGCUGUCUGUAUAUCACCAACAUGAUAGCUGUCUUGUUGUUGUGCUUGCUGCAUGUGGACCCUGGUAGGAGUCAGUUCGAAUGGGAUGGACCUGAGCGAGCCGCUCCGGCCGCCGUCACCAGCUCAGCCAGCGCCUGCAACGUGGACACGCUUUCAUGUGAAUGCUGCAAGAUGGUGCGUGAGACGAACCGACUGCAGACGUACUUCAACACAACUCUAACUAAUCUGGAGAGGGAGUUGGAUAAAGCAAACCAAACUUUGGUCACCCUUCAAAGCAGCCGUGUUGCCUUCUCCGUCUCUCUGUACACUGCAGACAACUUCAAGUGUCUCGGACCGUUUGGGAUUGACACCAUCAUCCCUUACCAGCACAUCUUCAUCAACCUGGGAAUGGCCUACAACAUGGCCACUGGCGUCUUCACUGUCACCUACCCCGGGGUGUACAGCCUGGCCGUGACCUCCUUUAGUGACGCCGGUUCUCCUGGCAACACGCUGGCUGUCUGCACCAGCCUGCAGGUCAACGGCCAGAUAGUGGCUGGAUCCAGAGAACUCAACACGAAAGACCAGGAGGACAGCACCACCAUAGCUGUUGCCCUCAAACUGAAAGCUGGAGACAAAGUGUCAGUCAAGUUGGUCAAGGGAUGCUACCUCUGUGACGACUCAAGCCACUACAACACUUUCAGCGCCUUUCUGCUUUAUGCUGACGCAUAAGUUAGGGAGUUUAGUUUCCUCCUCUGUAAUGACAUGUAGGCGCUUACAUUAUCAUGUUCUAAGCUCUUUGAGGGAAAUCAUAUUUUAAAUGUCAUCCUUUAAGAUUUCAGUCUGGGCGAUCUGAAAUCUUCCCGACAUUAAGCACGACUAGCUUAGAUGUGUAACAUCUUAUGAUUUUCCUCAUCAGAUUAUGACAUUUCUUGUUUGAGUUGAGGCUCGAACCCCUAAAUCCUUCAAUGACUUUAAGAGAAAGAACUUUCCUAUAUUUGUGAUUUUCUUUUAAUCUGAGUUCUUGUGUAUUCUCAACAAACAAAGAAGUGUAAAAACAAUAAAAUACUGAAAUGUGAACAUUG